AUGAUGUUCUCCAUAUACACGAUGUUCUCCAUAUACAUGACGUUCUCCAUAUACAUGAUGUUCUCCAUCUACACGAUGUUCUCAAUAUACACGAUGUUCUCCAUAUACACGAUGUUCUCCAUAUACACGAUGUUCUCCAUAUACACGAUGUUCUCCAUAUACAUAAUGUUCUCCAUAUACAUGAUGUUCUCCAUAUACAUGAUGUUCUCCAUAUACAUGAUGUUCUCCAUAUACAUGAUGUUCUCCAUAUACACGAUGUUCUCCAUAUACACGAUGUUCUCCAUACACACGAUGUUCUCCAUAUAG